GAUGGGUGGAGCUCCUCUUCUCUCCUGUCCCCAGACCUCGCUUUGGGUCGCAGCAGUUGGGUGUUGCCUCUGUCCAAACUCCUGCUGGUGACCCCAACGAUCCCUUUCAAGGGUCCGGACUAAACCACGCGCCUACACGUAUUUAAGACUCCAGACAUCCAUGGAUCAGCUGAAACACCGCACAAUGGGUGUCCAGGAGAAGCUGGAGAUCGUUGGGGUGGAAGAUGAGGCAGGGAAUCCGAUCAGCGCCCUGACCAUCCUGUCUCUGCUAGAACGAGUGGCCGGUAUCAUCGACAACGUCCAGUCCAGCCAGCAGCGCAUGGAGGAGCGUCAGCAAGAGCUGGAGAACAACAUCAAGACCGUCCAGGGGGAUGUCCUGAAGCUGGCCAAAGACCACAGCGACACCAGCGGGACGGUGGAGAAGCUCCUGCAGAAAACCCGCAAAGUCAGCGCCAACGUCAAGGACGUCCGCUCGCGGGUCGAGAAGCAAAAUGUGCGGGUCAAGAAGGUGGAAUCUACACAAGACGAGCUGCUGACCCGCAACAAGUUCAGAGUCGUCAUCUACCAGGGGGAAACCGAGGUCCCAUCUGUGGCUGUCACCAAAGGGCCCAAAAGCCCUGGUCUGGAGGGUCUGGAUGUUGAGCCUGACUCAUACGACGUGCCCUUUGACCUCUCCUCUGAUGAGGAAGGCCUGAACGUGGAUGAGCCAGACCCAUCACGGGCAGCUCGCCUCAAGAAAUCCAUGGUGAAGAGCACAGAGACCCUGAAGGCCGCCUUCUCCAAGGAGAGCAUGAGCAAAACCAAAGACAACCUGGGCACCAGGUUCCACAACCUGGGCGAAAAGGUCAUGCCACCAGAGAGGAGGGAGAAGAUGCACCAGGCUGGCGAGCGGCUGAAGCAGUCCGGCGAGCGGCUGAAGGAGAACAUUGCCAAGAAAGCUCCAACCAAAGAGACCUUCCGCAUCAAGCUGAAGAAGGAGCGUGCCGUUGCCGAGGGCCAGGAGGGCGCCGAGGUCGAGGCUGAGGCCAAGGAGGAGAAACCAGAGGGAGGGGUCGUCUACACCGAGGUCUCCUUGGAAACCAAGAGGGAGGGGCCUGUGGAGGAGGCCGGCGCUACUCGUAUAGCAGAGUAAAGGUCACAGGAAGUAAAUCAGGGUCAGCAGGAAGAAGGAGGCGGGACGCCGGAGGAUCUGAGGAUGAAGAAGUUAUUCGUCUCAAAAUCUAAUUUAGUUCCUUAAUUAAAACAAAUAUUUAUAAAAUCUGCUAAGAAAGUUCAGUUUGAUAGAAAAGGUCCCGAAUGUGUGAGUCUGGAAGUAGUGCCAGAACAAGCCAGAGGUCAAAGGUCAUUUCUGAAUGUUGGUGUUUUUAUGACCUAAAGUGAAGUUGGCUUCAGCUGGUCUGAGACUAGAACAUCAGCGAGCGCUUCUGCAGACGUUAGAGCGCCACCAGCCGGAGGGAUUUUACCAGAUAAAUGAAUAAAAACACAUGUGCAUGUUUAGUUCUUUCAGAUUAGAUUAGAUUAGAUUAAAUCACACAUGAAACCAGAUUAUCCAGGUUUUCUGUUUCUGCUGCACCAUUCCAUCACAGCAACUCACUUUCUGACACUAAACUGAGCAGAAUCUUUACAUGGUGCAGCUUUGGCUUUUAUUCUGAUUCUAAUUAAUCCCUAAUCUAGUGGUCAUCAGAGGAUUUAAGAUGCAGAUGCAGAGAUUUGGGAUUAUUUUAAUUUUUGUUGUUUUGUAUUCAGUUUCUUUUAAAAAGCAUCAAGUUUUUUAUUUGAGACGCAUUUUAAUCUGAAUCACAGAAGUUUGGAUUUUCCGCUGUUCUUUUAUCAGGCCGUCUCACACCCGUACAGUGUCUUAUUCUGAAAAUACACUUCCUGUUUGUUUUAUUCUUAUAAUUAUGUUUUUGUUCUUGCUGCAUUUACUGCAGCAGGAAACUGUUUUGGUUCAUUUAUUUACUCAAACAUUUAUCAAUCUGUUCACUUUGUUUGCAUUUUGUAUAAAUAAAGUUUAUCUGAUGGA